AUGCUAGGAGUCUAUGUUAGCGGUGCGUCAGGGUCGCACAUCAACCCCGCCGUCACAUUGGCCAGCUGUGUCCUGCGCAAGUUCCCCUGGCGCAAGUGGCCCAUCUACGCCGCCGCCCAGGUCCUCGGCGCCAUGUGCGCGGCGGCCAUCAUCUACGGGAACUACAAAUCUGCCAUCGACGUCUACGAGGGCGGUGCCAACCUCAGAACGGUGCCGGGGUACUCGGACACGGCGACUGGUGGCAUCUUCUGCACAUACCCGGCGCCGUUCAUGACGCGAACGGGCCAGUUCUUCUCCGAGUUCAUCGCCAGCUCCAUCCUCAUGUUCAUGAUCUUCGCGCUGAAGGACGAUGCCAAUCUCGGGGCCGGUCCCUUGUUCCCGCUGGGGCUCUUCUUCGUCGUCUUUGGCAUCGGUGCCUGCUUUGGCUGGGAGACUGGGUAUGCGAUCAAUCUGGCGCGAGACUUUGGUCCGAGACUCGUCUCGUAUAUGAUCGGGUAUGGGCCGGAGGUGUGGCAGGCAGGCAAUUAUUACUUCUGGGUCCCCAUAGUCGCUCCUUUCCUCGGUUGUAUCUUCGGCGGCUGGCUCUAUGACAUGUUCCUCUACGUUGGAGACGACAGUCCCGUCAACACCCCAUUCAUAGGCCUCCGGCGACUAGUCCGACCAAUCGGUCGAAGGCACAAUGACGGGCAGAGCCAUGUCUAGCCCAGUAGGCUCGGAGAGAAGUCAAAUUGACAGCAAGGACGGGAUGGAGUUGGUUAUGUUGGGUCUGGCGUUCACGGGAAAUGGUAGGUAAUAUGCUGGGAAGGGGUUAUGGAUUGUUAGGUAGUUUAUUGACAGAUUCCGGUGCUUGCUUAGUGCGAUAGGUAGUGGUAGAAAGGGGAGAAAAUGAUACUAAAUGUCUAUUCGUC